UCCAGAGGCAGUGACAGAAGAGCCAGGAAUAAGACCCUGGGAUCCCCUCCCCUCUGACCUUCCCCAUCUAUCCUUGGUUGUGCUGGACCAUGGCUGAUGAGCACCCUGACUUUAACCUGAAGGUUGUACUGGUCAGUUUCAAGCAAUGCCUCAAUGAGAAGGAGGAGGUGCUCAUGGACCCUUACAUUACUGGUUGGAAAGGGUUUGUCAGGUUCCUGAACAACCUCGGCACCAUCUUCUCCUUCAUCUCAAAGGAUGUGAUGACUAAAAUUCAGAUCAUGGAGAAGUUCUGCAGCAGUGACCAGAAAGAAAAUUACUCCAGCCUCCAGUCUAUGUUGCAAUAUGAGGUGGACAACAAGCUGGUGAACCUCCAGAAGCACUCUGAGCACCCCAAAUCUGGCUGCCGUGCCAUCCUGCAUGUGCACUGGGCCCUGCACUGGCUGCAGGUGUUCCUGGAGGGGCUCAGGACCAGCCACGAGGACUGCAAGACCUUGGUCAUCUACACAGACUCCUACAACACCACCCUGGUCACCUACCACCCCUGGAUCAUCCACAAGGCUGUCACCAUGGUGUUUUGCAUGCUGCCUGGCCUCAACACCUUCUUGGAAACCAUGAAUGUGGGUCCACCCAAGGAGGCCGUGGAGAUGCUGAAUGAAGCUAUGCCUUUAUGA